UAGCUUUUUCUUUUAGAAAUGUAAUACCGGGUAACGGGUUAUUUGAAACGGAUCGUGCGUCAUAUUUGAUCCACUCCACCGCUUUGUCGUGGAUUUUUCAGUCCCGUUCCGUGCACUGCAAUGAGCGCCGGUCCACAUAUAAGCCAUUGCAGGGUCGGAGAUUUCCAUUCUCGGCGUCACCAACAAUGGAAGCACUAGGUCUUCCCGCAGUUGGUCUUUUCAAUCGUUGCUCCUGUUUUCACAAGCCCAAUGUCAUCAAGAUGGUACCAAGUACCCCUAAUUUUGGCUGCCAUUGGGGUCUUUCUUCCAUCAAACUUAAACCUUCUUCUACAACUAGAACUUACUAUUCGAAGAGCUUCAUUCGAGUACAAGCUGAUGGUGAAGACUAUGAAUUGAAGCAAAUGAGGGACAUGGCUGCUGCUAGAAAGAGAUGGGAAACUCUGCUUAGGGAAGGAAAAGUUAAAGUUCUUACACCAAGGGAAGCUGGUUAUGCGGUUCAGCUUUCCAACAAACCCUUACUCGAUGUCCGUCCCUCUAAUGAACACAAGAAGGCAUGGGUCAAAGGUUCAACCUGGAUUCCAAUAUUCGAUGUUGAUAGUAACCUGGAUGCUGGAACACUUGCAAAAAAAGUUACAAAUUUUGUGAUGGGAGGAUGGUGGAGUGGCAUGCCCACGCUUUCUUAUGACAGCCAGUUCUUAGCAAAAGUUGACCAGAAGUUCCCAAAGGAUGCAGACUUAAUUGUUGCAUGCCAGAAGGGACUGAGGUCUUUAGCUGCUUGUGAAAUACUGUACAAUGCGGGCUACACAAAUCUAUUUUGGGUUCAAGGAGGUCUUGAGGCUGCUGAAGAAGAGGAUCUUAUUGUAGAGGGCCCUUUGCCUCUUAAAUUUGCUGGAAUUGGUGGCGUUUCAGAGUUCCUUGGUUGGACUGAGCAACAGAGAGCUGCUGCAGCCAAGGAAGGUUGGGGUUACAGAUUAGUCUUUUCUGCACGCUUGGUUGGACUCAUUCUUCUUGCUGAUGCCUUAUUUAUUGGUGCUCAGCAAGCUGCUCGCUAUCUUCAAGAUAUUAGAAGCCAUUGAGAUUAAAUGGCUGCUUUGAGCAUGUUGAUUGACCCUUCCAGGAGAAAAUCUCUUGGUUAUGGAUGACCAUGUAGAGACAAAAGGCUGAAGAACUCAAUUUUGAAUGCUUAACUUGGCAAAAGCCUUAACGGUCAAAUAAGAUUCACAAGUAGGUGUUUUGUAAGAAUAGUCAGGCUGUGAUUUCGUCUUCGUCUUCGUUUUUGUUUCUUUUUUCUUUUUAAAUCAGCUGUGAGAUCUUCCCUUUUUAGUUCCAAGUCACUUUUGGAUUGUAAUUGUAAUCUGUCUGUUUUCAGGUUUAGGAUUUUAGGUUGGCCACUUGCUUGUAUAUUCCUGUCAGAAAAUUUUUGAAUAAAUCUUCAUUGCACAAUAUUAAAUAGUGAGGUCAUUUCAUUAUUACUGGCUC